CUCUGCAGCCUCAGAUGAUGAGCAGAAGACAACGCGUACACUGAGGUGGCGAUGGGAUGCAGUGGUCCUGGAAUUUGUGCGGGCCAUGUCGUGCUGAUUUGAAGAUAAAUUAAAGCUCAAGUUUAGCUAAAGUAUGAUCAGUAACCCACUAACCUUGAGCUCCCAUCACUGAGACUAUGAGGCAAGCAGUAACUGCCACUCUGUCUGUUUGGGGUGAGCGCCAUUUUGGGUACUCCACCCUCAAGGACUCUAGCGAGUCUCUCUUGGACGAGCAUAAACUGAGGCCUGGUCUGAAAGAGGACUCUGUCAUUGAGGAGAAAGAAUGGGCAGAGAAUGAGCAGGAACCGCUAGAGGCUGUGUUGGGACUUUCUCCACCCCCUGUGGAUGACACACACACUGCAGGAGACCACCAAACUGGGAGCCCGGUACACCCGGACCCCGCACCAGAGUCAUUUCCUGAGCGUAAGAGUGGAGGAAUGGAAGGACCACUAGUGUCUGGCCCUAAAAACAUUGACUCUGCCGGAAGGAAGGGUUCUCUCGGGGCAUUGCCCAUGCAGCGUUGCAGUUCUCUGGGUACCACUGCCCCUCAAUGGGUCCCGGAUUCUCAGGCACCAGCGUGCAUGAAAUGUGGCUCUAAAUUCUCCUUCACCAAAAGACGUCAUCACUGCAGAGCCUGUGGGAAGGUUUUUUGUGUGGUGUGUUGUGACCUAAGGUUCAGAUUAACUCAUCUUGGAGGAAAAGAGGGGCGUGUAUGUGUUACCUGUCAUUCAACUUUGAUUAACCGGACGCUGCGUAAGGACCAGAAAAAAGUUUGGUUUGCCGAUAAUCUCCUUCCUCAGUCUGAAAUUAGAAGUGCCAACAGCACUCCCACUCACAGGAGUGUGUCCCACAUACAGAGGGCGGAAGUGUCUGACCUCAAAGCAGGAGAUGAAGUCAGUGGCCUUAAUGGAAAUUCCACAAAACCCACUCCGCCAAAGGACCUUCCCCCUAUUCUUACAUCAACAGGGGUCAAAGGAGAUUACACUUUGGAGGAGAAGAGAACGGAGUCAUCGCUCUUAGAAGAGCUGGAGAGAGGUCUUGCAGUGCCUUUGGUGUUUGUGCUCAAUGCAAACCUCCUGGCUGUGGUGAAGAUUGUCAGUUAUGUGAACCGCCGAUGCUGGUGUGUUAUGUCGAAGGGAAUGCACGCUGUUGGGCAGCCAGAGGUGGUAAUUUUGCUGCAAUGUUUGCCCGAGGAGAAGCGUUUCCCGACGGAUAUUUUCAACCAUUUCAUACAGAUUUACUGGGACGCCCAGACAGCAGCAGGAAAGCUUUUGAAUCACCUAAGUCACUCUUUGGUAUCCCGCGGUUUUCUGGGUAAUAAUGAGCAUGCUGGCUUUCUGUACGUGCAUCCCACGUUCCAGUCCCUGGAGGGCCUGCCUUUACCUGCACCACCAUUCCUGUUUGGGCUCCUCUUGCUCCGUGCGGAGACCCCCUGGGCCAAAGCCUUUCCUUUGAGACUCAUGCUACGUUUAGGAGCUGAGUACAGAUUUUAUCCCUGUCCUUUGUUCAGUGUGCGCUUCAGAGAGCCUCUUUUUGGACCUGUCAACAACAGCAUCAUGAGGCUUUUAGUGGAUUUCCGUUUUUACCGUUACACACUCCCAUCAGUGCCAGGGCUUGUGGUUGAUCUUGAGGCUAGAAGCACCUGUAUAAGGAUCCCUAAAACACGUCACCCUGAGCUGCUAAAGGCUCUGAAUAAGUCUAAUGAGAGGGUGCUGGCUCUGGGUGCCUGCUUUAAUGAGCUGGCCGACUCUCAUCUUAUCUGCGUACAGACAGCAGAUGGACAAUACCAGACGCAGGCCAUCAGCAUCCAUAGCCAGCCACGCAGGGUCACUGGCUCGUGCUUUUUUGUGUUCAGUGGAGCACUGAAACCUUCGUCAGGAUACUUGGCCAAGUCAAGCAUUGUGGAAGAUGGUUUGAUGGUGCAGGUAACCAUGGAGACCAUGGCUGAGUUAAGACGAUCUCUGCUGGACAUGAAAGACUUCACAGUCACCUGUGGAAAACUCCACCCAGCAGAGAGGCAGGAAUACGUGCACAUUCAGUGGCAAGAUGAAGAGCCGCCCUUUAAUAAAGGCAUUAUCAGCCCCAUUGAUAGCAAAUCUAUGGAGUCUCUCACAAACAUCAAGACCCAUCAGCGAUUAGAAUACAGAGCCAAUGGGAAGGUCAUACGCUGGACAGAGGUAUUUUACCUGCAGAAAAAACAGCAUCCGAAUGGUCUUUAUAACCAGACCAGCCAAAACCGCCUAACAGAACGUCUUGCACGGGCGUUCUGCCUGGCGCUGUGCCAGUCUCUCUGUCUGCUAAAGGAGGAUGGCAUGACCAAACUGGCACUGAGAGUGACCCUGGACGGGCAGAAGAUGGAGUUUUUGGCAGGCAGUAAUGGUCAGCGCCUGCCAGCACCAUACCAGGACUGUCUUAACCAAUCACUAAGAAGUGUGGUGCAGAGUAACUCUCAGUACCAGGGUCUCGCCGCCUGUCAGCUUGAGCUUAUCUUCUAUAUUCUUGAGGAUACAUCAUAAAGACAGGCCACACAGACCAUCCACUGUCACAUUUGCCAAAACUCCCAGAAACCUCAUCAGCAUAACCUGACUUCUUUUUAAUUUGAGAGCUUUAAGAAUAGUAGACAACCCAAUGUGGCAGCUUAUUUGAGGAAUGUUUAGUCAAUCCUACUGUUCACUGUGAAAGGGUCUGGGAAUACAAGAGUAAAACUAUGAACAUCCCUCAGUCAAACCAGUAGUUUAUUUGAUAGUCUGGACCAAGGAGGUCUAUAAUACCUGGAGAAAGCAAUCUGUUUGCAUUGACAUUCAUCUCAAUAGCAAUUGCUCAGCUGGAGCAGGACCCCCAGAAGUAUGUAAUGUGAAAUCUGCCGUCUUUGCUCGCAGUCAGUUAUGCAUCCAGGUUAGUGUUUUUUUUUUUUUUUUUUUUUUUAGCCAUUCACAUGAUCCAUAAAUGCUAUGUGACUAAUUACAGUGGUGCUGUAGGAAAAUAACAUCAUGACAACGGUGAUUGGCUGAUGGCACCCAAAGAAUGUGCACAGUCCCAAACCCUUCAAUAGAGACUAUCCUGAGCUGUUACAUCAUAGGCAGCAGACAUGGAAAAUUGGGCACUGGUAAAACAUUAUAAUAUAAAUAACAUUUUUAUUUUGUCAGAGUACUACUCUUGAAUGCACUUCAAAAAAGAAAAGGCUUUUAUACUCAAAUGGUUUAGUUUCUGCAUUUACCAACAGGGGCAAACUGGGCCAUCCUAACAAGCCAAAACCUUACCCCUUUGGACUUCUCUGGUCAGAGGAUCCAAGGAUUUAAAACUAAACUUUUUAAGGCCAAAUAUCUGCUGAGCAUUACAAUAAAGAUGACAAAAAUAAGGACCAAAUUGCAACAGACAACAUGAUGCUUGAGUGAAUGACUUUAAUAAGCAUGAUCUGAUCUUGGAGGAAACAAAUGAGUUUUUUGCUCAGUCCUCGGUCUUCCACAUGUAGAACUCAUUGUAGCAAUGGCGGUUCUCUGUUUUACUUCCCAAUAAAGGCGUGCAGAUGACUUCCUCACUGUAUAAAUCCCAUGUUCCGCCCUAUUCUCCCAGUUAGCUGUGAGGAGUGGCCUGACCUCUGCUCUACAUUGAAGCACACCUGCUGGGAAAACAACGCCAGGAAUUCAGCCAAAGGCAAUGCUUGGAUAAACAGGAGUGGAAAUUGUACGUACAAACUCUCGUGCACUGCUCUUGAAUUCAUUUCUUUCGUACACGACCUCAUUGAACUUUGUUCUGGCCUUAUUUUCUCUGUCACACACAAAGCGUAGGAUGCCUGGUGGUCUUCCUCGGUUGCUUUUUUCAAGAAUAGAAUGGACUUUUUGUUUACAUCCUACAUGCAGAACAUACUUGAGAUGACAAAGAAUGCAGAUUAUGCAGGAGAAAUGCAGCACACACACUGCAAAUGCAAAAUAGACUGCAUCUUUUGGAAGCUCCCUGGCUGCCCACGAAAGACUGAACAGACCCAAAACAUGACAAAGAAAGAAAGUGAACACCCAAAGUUACUGCUGCAUUCUUGUAGAUGAUGCAAAAUGUUAUAAAAAUUGAUUUUAAUAUGUCAACCAUUUGGAUUGGAGAUACCAAAUAACAUGUCAGCUGAAACUGUAGGUCAAAUUCCAUGGACUUGAGGCCUGUUCACACCAAAUGUGAAUAAAAAAAAUUCACACCAAGACCAAAACGAAUAUUCGUCAAGCUAAAUGAACUCAAUUGUACAAUAGAUGAUGUGCGGCCCUUUAGCUUAGUGCUGUCAAUGUCUAAUACUGAUGUUCCUUUGCUGGUUGGCAAAACAGUUUUAGUGCCACCAAUGUGCUGGAUGUUCGGGAAAUGUGACGACAGGCACAUUGGUCAGUGAACGAAUGUUCACACCUGAUGUGAAUAUGUCUGUAAAAAUACCUUGUUUCUAUUUAAAGUCUUGUUCGCAAUAAACAUUUGCAAACAAAUAAUCAGUUUUGGUGUGAAUUGGCCUUUAUGCUAUUUAAGAAGGAAAUAUUAAACAAAUAAUCAGUUUUGGUGUGAACUGGCCUUUAUGCUAUUUAAGAAGAAAAUAUAAUUGCCAUAAAUAUUCAUGCAGGUCAUUAAAAAGCAUUACUUACACUACACAAAAUAAACAGAUAACUGUG